AUGUCAUCCCGGGAACGCCGGGCAGAGUUUUUCAUCAAAACGGAGCCGGCCUCCCCAGACAGCCUCGCCCAGCACAGCCCCAGUGGGUCUUCUGACACCAGCGCCAGCGGAGCCCCACAAGAGCUUGAGACUGCUGGGGUGCUGCCUGCCGGGACGGGGGCCUCCCGGCGACGCCAUGAUGACGACCCAGACGAGCCCCCGGGGCGGGGGAAGUAUAUGCUGAGUGCCAUGCCCAAGCGGCUGUGCUUGGUGUGCGGGGACGUUGCCUCAGGGUACCACUAUGGCGUGGCCUCCUGCGAGGCCUGCAAGGCGUUCUUCAAGAGGACUAUCCAAGGCAGCAUUGAGUAUAGCUGUCCGGCCACCAACGAAUGCGAGAUCACGAAGCGGCGCCGGAAAGCCUGCCAGGCCUGCCGUUUCACCAAGUGCCUGCGUGUGGGCAUGCUGAAGGAAGGGGUACGUCUCGACCGGGUGCGAGGAGGGCGUCAGAAGUACAAGCGCCGGCCUGAGGUGGAGGGUGCCACUUACCCCAGUGCAUUCGUCACCCCACAGAUUGCUACGGCGACCACCAAGAAACCAGCUCCAAUGAACACAAUGGUGUCGCACUUGCUGGUGGCGGAGCCUGAGAAGCUGUACGCCAUGCCCGACCCUGCACUUCCUGACAGUCCCGCCAAAGCAGCGAGCACUUUGUGCGAUCUGGCUGACCGGGAGAUCGUGGUCAUCAUCGGCUGGGCCAAAAACAUACCAGGUUUUCCGGCGCUGUCCUUGGCGGACCAAAUGUCUGUACUGCAGAGCGUGUGGCUGGAGGUCUUGCUGCUGGGGGUGGCCUGGCGUUCGUUGCCCUGCGAGGACGAGAUCGUCUUCGCAGAGGACUUUGCUCUGGACGAGGAGGCGGCAAGGGCGGCGGGGCUACUGGAGCUCAGCGGGGUGGUUCUGCAGCUUGUGCGCAAGUACCGGGCCCUGCGCCUGGAGCGAGAGGAAUAUGUGCUUCUCAAGGCCUUGGCGCUUGCCAACUCUGACUCUGUGCAUAUUGAGGACAUGGCAGCCGUGCAGCGGCUCCGGGACGUGCUACACGAGGCCCUGCUGGAAUACGAAGCGUCGAGGCGCCCCGAGGAGCCCCGCCGGGCCGGCCGCCUCCUCCUCACGCUGCCCCUCCUCCGCCAGACAGCCACCCGCGUCCUCCACCACUUCUACAGCCUCAAACUGGAGGGCAAGGUCCCCAUGCAUAAGCUUUUCCUGGAGAUGCUGGAAGCAAUGAUGGACUGAACGAGGAGGCCGGGAGGGGAGGGCGGGGGACAGGAUUUGGGGAGGGGAGCAAAGUACAGACUGACUGGUUAUCGGGGAUUGUUGUGGGGGGGACGGGACGCGUGCAGAAAUGGAACGGGGGGCCAAAGGCCUGGCUUGGGUUUUUCCCUCCCACACAAUUCCUCCCCCUCCCGGAACCGCUGCUCCUCUGUCUCAUGUUAAAAAAAACGCAUUUCAAUGUAUGCAAAUGUGAUAGCUGCCCAUUGCUUUGCACUGAGGCCGACUUUUUUUCUUUUCUUUUCUGAAGAGAACGGACCCCAUGGGGGAGGCAGAGAAGUU